AUGGCUUCACGUCCGCCGUCUCUCCGGCAGAGGCAGAUUGCUUCCAUCGAGAAAAUUCUCAACCUAAAUCAUGACGCGCCUCACCACCCAGAUUUCCAAGGCGACUCUGCCGGCCCAGGUGGCCUAAUCCACUCCACCCCGAUCCUGAACGAAGAUGGCGAUCCUAUAUGGAAGGUGCUUGUAUUUGAUAACUUAGGUCGCGAUGUCAUAAGCAGUGUUCUACGAGUGAACGAUCUUCGAACCCGGGGGGUCACCAUCCACCUGAAUAUCAACACCACCCGAUACCCGAUACCAGAUGUCCCUGUGCUUUACUUCGUUGAACCAACUCCGGCGAACAUACAACUUAUAACUUCAGAUCUGUCCCGGGAUAUCUACUCUCCCGCAUACAUAAAUUUUAUAUCUUCCAUUCCACGACCCCUGUUAGAGGACUUUGCAUCUCAAAUAGCUGCCACGGGCACGUCAGAAAAGGUGGCCCAGGUUUACGAUCAAUAUUUAAACUUCAUUGUUUCAGAACCAGAUUUGUUUAGUUUAGGGAUGGGAAAAGACCUGUUCUGGAAAUUAAAUAGCCUCCAAACGACGGACGAGGAGUUGGAUAAGAUGAUAGACAGAAUUGUCAGUGGUUUGUUUAGCGUCAGUGUCACCAUGGGCUCCAUUCCAAUAAUCCGCUGUCCGAAAGGCGGACCAUCGGAGCUGAUUGCUACUAAGCUUGAUCGUAAGCUAAGGGAUCACAUAUUGAAUUCAAAAGAUAACUUAUUCUCCACUGCAAACCAACGGCAGGGUGUCAACGUCCCAUCCAGUCGCCCUGUUCUAAUCAUCGUCGACCGUAUUGUGGACUUAGUGCCCAUGCUCUCUCAUUCCUGGACGUACCAAUCAUUGGUUCACGAUGUCUUGAAAAUGCAUCUCAACCGUAUCACUGUGGAAGUACCGAUCGACGAUGUUAACCCUGCAAAGGGGACAACAAAAAGAUCCUAUGAUUUGAGUGUGAAUGAUUUCUUCUGGAACCGUAACGCAGGCGUUCCGUUCCCACAGGUUGCUGAGGACAUUGACGCAGAACUUGCACGGUACAAAGAAGAUGCAACCGAUAUUACAAGAAAAACUGGCGCUUCGUCUCUCGAAGACCUUCAAAAUGAUACAAGCGCAUCUGCUCAACACCUCAAAGCAGCCAUCACGCUUUUACCAGAGUUGCGUGAACGUAAAGCACUCCUUGAUAUGCACAUGAACAUCGCAACUGCCCUCCUGAAGGGUAUUAAGGAUCGACAAUUAGAUAAUUUCUUUCAACUCGAGGAAAACAUCACCAAACAGAAUAAAUCGCAAAUCCUGGAAAUACUGUGUAACCCGGAUGGGGGCACGAAUCCAUUGGAUAAGCUUCGACUCUUUUUAAUUUGGUUUCUUAGCGCAGAAACAGAUUUUUCCAGAGCGGAACUGAACCGUUUUGAAGAUGCCCUCACGCAAGCCGGAUGCAUCGACCUCAGCGCUGUUGCAUACGUGAAAAAGGUACGAGAAAUUACACGAAUGACAAUGAUGACAACAUCCGCAACGGCACCCCAACAACCUUCCUCCGACCUCUUCCGUGGCUUCUCCUCCCUCUCCAACAGACUGACAGACCGCAUCACUUCCGGCGCACUUGGAGCAAAUUUCGACUCUCUAAUAUCCAGCGUCAAGAAUUUCCUCCCCGCUAACAAAGACCUAACCUUAACUAAAAUCACCGAAUCAAUCAUGGAUCCCGCGGGCGCAUCAAGCUCUGCAAUCGCCAUGACAGAAAACUACCUCUACUUUGACCCUCGCAGCGCAAAUGCAAGAGGCGCCAUACCCCCAGGAGCCUCGACCCGUAACCAACCAGGUGGGAUGCCCGGGUCCCUUGGUGCGACCGGCCCUGGCAUCAGCGCCAGCUUCGGCCAACGACGACAAGGUUUCAGCGAGGCAAUCGUCUUCACAGUUGGCGGUGGAACAAUGGAUGAAUAUGGGAACCUUCAGGACUGGGCGCGUCGGACGGGAGGUGGGCUGUCGGCGACUGGCGUUGGGGUGGGCGGAUCUUCGGGCGCGAUUGGUGGAUCGAGUACUGGAGGAUCCGGGGCGUCUGGCACGGGAUCUCGACGGGUUGUAUACGGGAGCACAGAUCUAGUAAAUGCGACGGAGUUCUUGACGGAGGCCCUAGGGAAGCUUGGGAAGGAGAUCUGA